CACUGAAGAAUGGACUUUGGGACGCCAUGUCAGACCCUCCUACCACCACCCUCCCACUGCCCUUUACUCCCCUACCCCCCAGAUCCCCAGGGGGUGGGGUUAGUCUGGACCUUGCUACUUCCUGCUCUUGGCAGCCACUGCUCAGAGACUAUGGAGCUGUGGAAACAGCUGAGGCAGGCUGGACUGGUGCCCCCAGGGCUGGGUCCACCCCCCAGGGCCCUGAGGGGUGUACCCCCAUCAUGGAGAGCUGGCCAGACCCUCAUGUCCCCAGGGACAGACACUGAUGGUACCAGGGAGUGUCUGCUGUGGAUCUGGGAGGAGCUGGAGAACCUUCGAAGAGUGGAUGUCCAGCUGCUCGGCCAGCUGUGUAGCUUGGGGCUGGAGAUGGCGGUGCUGCAGGAGGAGCUGGUUGCUUUCCUGGAAGAGGAGGAGGAGGAGGAGAUCUUCAAGGAAGAGGAGGAGGAUGAAGAGCCAGAGGGACAGCAAGAGGAAGUACAUCUGGGGGUCUCCUGCCCAGCCUCAGGCCACCGGCUCCCCGACUUUGAGAUGACUAUCUGAGGCCCUGCCAGGGUGUUUCUCAUUGGCAUAUGGAACUUUAUGAAAACGUAUGCAAAGAGGAGUGAUUUGAAGGUCAGAUCAACCUGCAAAGGUUCUGAAGAUGCCUGCAGUGAGAUUCGGGGAUUGGCCUGGAGCGGUGGGCGUGUUUGAAGAUGGUGUGGGAAGUUUUCAGAAAAACUGUAGGUGUGUUUGCAGAUGAGCUGCAGGAGUGUUGGAGGGGAGAUGUGGGCCUUUGCAAGUAGAAUGCAGAUGCUUGCAGGUGAAGUUUUAGAGCCAGGCAUCCACUGGCUCCAUGUGGCUGUUGAGCACUUGAAGUUGGCAAGCCCUAACUGAGGUGCACUGUAAGUGUAACAUACAUGCUGAAUGCUAAAUUUUCACAGGCUUAGUAUGAUAAGAAUAUAAAACAUUUCAAUCAUAUUAAAAUUACAUAUU